AUGUCUUACACUAAGAAGCAUGUCAAGAUCGAUCUAUGGCCGGAAAAAGAAAAGGAAAAAUACCCUAAAAACAGAGAAACCCUCAAGUUAACAAUUCCCACUCUUCUUCUCUUCUGCUCCAUUUGUCUCCUCUUCCUAAUUCUCCUUUCCCCCUUCACAUCUCCACCACAAACAACGUCAUUACUCCCUCGCACGUGCGACAAAAAUUUCACUGUCUACGUCUACGAUCUUCCCAAAGAGUUCAACACCAACCUCCUCCAAAACUGCCGGAACUUGAACAUCUACACCGACAUGUGCCCUCACGUGGCCAACAACGGCCUCGGACAACCUAUCCGCCGCGGCGGCGGCGAGAGCAAAACGUGGUUCGCGACGCACCAGUUCAUAGCCGAGAUGAUCUUCCACGCACGUGUUGAAAACCACCCGUGCCGCACGUGGGAGCCAAGCAAUGCCGACAUAUUCUACGUUCCGUUUUACGGUGGGCUCUACGCUUCAAGCGUGUUCCGAGAACACAACCUAACAAAGCGCGACGAGCUAGCCGUUAGAUUAGUAGACUACGUGAGUGGUCAACGAUGGUGGAAGAGAACGAACGGUCGAGAUCAUUUCUUGGCGAUUGGGAGAACGGCUUGGGAUUUCAUGCGAUCUAGUGAUGAGGCAGGCACUGACUUUGGAGCAAACAUACUCAUGCAAAUGCCACCUGUCAUGAAUAUGUCGGUGCUGACUGUGGAAAGGCAACCGUGGGAAGGUGACAAUCAGUUUGGUAUACCGUAUCCUUCUUAUUUUCACCCGUACACGUCAGCAGAGAUGGUGACGUGGCAAAAUGAGAUGAGAAGUGUUGAGAGGCCACACUUGUUUAGUUUUGUCGGUGGGAAGAGGAAAGGUUUGGAGAAAGCAGCGAUCAGAGACGAGCUGAUCAGGCAAUGCGCCGGCUCGAGCCGUUGUGAGCUUCUCAAGUGUGAAAGUGGCGGGACCAGCUGCCACGACCCGAUGACGGUAUUAGGAGUGAUGGCUCGGUCACGGUUUUGCCUACAAGCACCAGGAGACUCAUUCACACGCAGGUCAACUUUCGAUGCAAUGUUAGCCGGGUGCAUACCGGUGUUUUUCUCACCACACACUAUGUAUACACAGUACAUGUGGUAUCUACCGGAAGACAGAAGAAGCUACUCGGUGUUUAUGGGCCAAAAGAACAGCACUGAAAUAGAACAUGAGCUUUCGAGGAUCUCGGAGAGCGAGGUGGUUCAAAUGAGGGAAACAAUCAUUGGUUUGAUCCCGAGAAUGACUUAUGCGCACCCAAAUGCUACGAAUUACGAUUUGCCGGACGCGGUUGAUGUAGCGUUAGAGGCACUAUCUAAGCAAGCAAGAGGCAAGGUUGUGUAUUCAUUGUAA